AUGUGCAGGUGCGCCGACAGCACCAAGAGGUGCCCGUUUGGUCGGAUCGGCGAGGGCUGCGAGAUCAACUUUCUGAGCCCCUGCCAGUUGGGGCCCGACCUUCCAGCUUACUGCGGCGAGAUGAACCCGCACUCGUGCGAGUGCUUCCGGCGAUGCAGCCAGUUCUUCUGCGGCAACACCUCGGCUGGGGGGCAGAUCUGCGACGGCUACAACGUUGCCCAGAGCCGCCGCUGCUUUCAUCGCGAGGGCGUGGACCCCGACCAGCAGUACUCGGCGUUCCCCGAGGAGGAUGAGAAGGGCAUCAAUGCGGUGAUAGCGGGGGCGCUAGAUGGAAACUACCGCGCUGCCCCCCUGUCCAAGUGCCCCGACCGCUGUAACAACCGAGGCAUGUGUGGACACUACAACGAGAACCCUCCGAGAUACUACUGCAGCUGCUAUGCCAGCUACUCGGGCAACAGCUGCGAGCUGUCGACAAACCGGUGUUACCUUCAGUGCAACGGGCGCGGCACAUGCACCGACAGCUUCUGCAAGUGCGAGCCGCCCUACUUCAGCAUUGGCUGCUCACGGAGCAAGGUGUACCCUGCCAACUACUCUCGCCCCAGCCCUGUCAAAUUCAAGAUCUACAUGCGAGUGCAGCUGCGAGCCUGCUGCUCUUCCCGCUCGUAUGAGCUGAACACGCGGGAUGCGUAUGACAAGGUGCCCUGGGCGGGGUGGCAGAAGUUCGAUGAGAAUUACAUUGCCUACCAGCAGUUUUUGGAGCAGUUCCUGCUGAGCCCUGUGCGCACGGAGGACCCCUCGGAGGCCAACCUGUUCUACAUCCCCAUGCUGCUGUACGGCUACUCAGGCACGCCUGGGGGGCCUUCCCGGGCACCCCAAGUUGAUUCUUUGUGCAACAUGAUGCCAGGGCAAGCCCACAUCGACCUCGUGCUGGACCAGAUUGCCCACAAGUGGCCCUACUGGAAUCGCACCCGCGGACGGGACCACUUCUAUUGGGCUCCUGCCGACCGCGGUGCCUGCUACCACAAGGGGCUGGCUGAGCAGGCCAUCAAGGUGUCGCACUUUGGGCUGCACGCCACCAACAACUCGAUUGACUUGGGUGACCUGUACAGCCACAACCAAAUGAGCCCAGACCACGGCUGCUACCACCCGCUGAGAGAUGUGGUGGCGCCGCCAUUUGAGAAGCUCGCCGCCAGCUGGCUGAACACCACCCUGCGCCUCGGGCUGGACGGCAACAUCAAGGGCAAGAACGCCACGUUUUACUUCUCUGGCAAUGUGCAAGGCAUAAACCUGAUGUACAGCGGCGGCACACGCCAGAAGCUGCAGGCGCUGAUCAAGCAGUGGGAUGAUCCUGAGUUUGGGUUUGUCGAGGGGAGGCUGCAGGAGGGCGCGUACGAGCAGCGGAUACGCGAGUCCAGGUUCUGCCUGGCACCUUAUGGUCACGGCUACGGCAUGCGUCUGGGCCAGUGCAUCUUUGCCGGCUCCAUCCCCGUCAUAGUCCAGGAGCAUGUGUUCCAGCCCUUGGAGGAUGUGCUGCCAUAUGAGGCGUUCAGCAUCCGCCUGACCAACGACGACCUGCCUCAGCUGCGUGAGAUUCUGCGGGGCAUCACGGAGGCGCAGUACCGGGAGCUGAUGACGGGGCUGCUGCGGUACAGCCUGGCCCUCAGCUGGGACACGUCUCUAGGCGGCACCGCGUUUGACUACACAAUCAGCGCGCUGCGGCGGCGCUACAUGAACCUGAAAUCACUUCACUACUGA